UGCAAACCAGCGGGAUUUAGAAAGCAUAAAUGAAAUAGAUGUUGGAUUGUACACUGGAUUAAGAAAUUUAACUGUGGUAGACUCAGGCUUGAAGUUUGUCUCACGCCAAGCUUUCCUGAAAAAUAUUAAUCUACAGUACAUUAACUUCUCCAGAAAUAAGCUUUCAAGUUUGUCCAGGAAGACUUUCCGCCAUCUGAAUUUGACAGAUCUGAUUUUAGAUGGCAACCCUUUCAAGUGUUCCUGUGAUAUUAUGUGGAUCAAAGUAUUCCAAGAGAUCAAGUUUCCAAAAGCAGAAACUCAGGAUUUUUACUGCAUAAAUGACUACAACCAGAAGAUAUCUCUGCUGGAAAAGCCAGUCCCAUAUUGUGGCAUGCCUUCAGUCAAGUUGAAUACACAAAAUCUCACGGUUGUUGAAGGCAAAACUAUCACUUUAUACUGUGAAGCCACAGGAAGUCCAUCACCAACGAUAGCUUGGGUUUUCAAUAAUAUUGUUUCAAAACAUGAGAGUGAUACAAAUAAGAACCCCGCUUCUUUUACUAUAAAGAAUGUCUCAUCAAGUGACAGUGGCAUACAGAUUUACUGUAUAGCAGAAAAUACUGUGGGUGAAGACCAAGCUUCUGUUGACCUCACCGUGUUCUUUGCACCAAAUAUCACAUAUCUUGAAAUACCAUAUUCGGACCAUCACUGGUGCAUUCCAUUCAGUGUGAGGGGAAAUCCACAACCAGUCUUGACAUGGCUGCACGAUGGGGCUAAACUGAAUGAAUCAGAAUAUAUCUGGACCAAAAUACAUGUUACCAAUCGGACAGAAUAUCAUGGCUGCCUUCAGCUGGACAAUCCUACUCAUGUCAACAAUGGGAAUUAUACUUUGGUGGCACAGAAUCAGUAUGGAAAAGAUGAAGCCAACGUCUCUGCUUAUUUUAUGGAAGAUCCUGGAGGUAAGCAAUACCUGGAAUGCUGGUUUCCAACCCCAGAUGAGACAGAACUUACAGGUAGUCCAUUCUAUGAUCAUCCCGGUUACAUUGAAGAUUAUGGAACACCAACAAAUGAUUUUGAAGACACUACAAAUAAUAGUAACCAAGUUACUUCUACGGAUGUGUCAAACAAAGACAAUGAAGAUAGCAUCACUGUGUAUGUUGUAGUGGGGAUUGCUGCAUUGGUGUGCACUGGCUUAGUUAUUAUGCUCAUUAUUCUCAAGUUUGGAAGACAUUCUAAGUUUGGAAUGAAAGGCCCUUCUUCAGUUAUCAGCAAUGACGACGAUUCGGCAAGUCCCCUUCAUCACAUCUCUAAUGGAAGCAACACGCCGUCUUCUUCUGAGGGAGGCCCAGAUGCAGUAAUUAUUGGAAUGACGAAGAUUCCUGUAAUUGAAAAUCCUCAAUAUUUUGGAAUUACAAACAGUCAUCUCAAGCCUGACACAUUUGUCCAGCAUAUCAAGCGCCACAAUAUCGUCCUCAAGAGGGAGCUGGGAGAAGGAGCUUUUGGCAAAGUCUUCCUGGCUGAAUGUUAUAACCUAUGUCCUGAGCAGGAUAAGAUCUUGGUUGCUGUAAAGACCCUGAAGGAUGCCAGUGACAAUGCCCGCAAAGACUUCCAUCGAGAAGCAGAACUAUUGACUAAUCUACAGCAUGAACAUAUUGUCAAGUUUUAUGGAGUAUGUGUGGAAGGAGAUCCUCUCAUCAUGGUCUUUGAAUACAUGAAACAUGGAGAUCUCAACAAAUUCCUCAGGGCGCAUGGACCUGAUGCAGUUUUGAUGGCCGAAGGGAAUCGUUUAGCUGAACUAACCCAAUCCCAGAUGCUGCACAUUGCCCAGCAGAUUGCAGCUGGUAUGGUUUACUUAGCAUCACAGCACUUUGUGCAUCGUGACCUGGCUACUCGGAACUGCCUGGUUGGGGAGAACCUGCUGGUGAAGAUUGGAGAUUUUGGGAUGUCAAGAGAUGUAUAUAGCACAGAUUACUACAGGGUUGGUGGCCAUACUAUGUUACCUAUUCGUUGGAUGCCACCUGAAAGCAUCAUGUAUAGAAAGUUCACCACAGAAAGUGAUGUCUGGAGCCUUGGCGUUGUUCUCUGGGAAAUAUUUACCUAUGGCAAACAGCCAUGGUAUCAGCUCUCAAACAAUGAGGUAAUUGAGUGUAUUACUCAGGGCCGCGUCCUACAGCGACCUCGUACCUGCCCAAAGGAAGUAUAUGACCUGAUGCUUGGGUGCUGGCAGCGGGAGCCUCAUAUGAGACUCAAUAUCAAAGAAAUCUACUCUCUCCUUCAGAACUUGGCCAAGGCCUCUCCAGUCUACCUGGAUAUUCUAGGGUAGAAACUCCUAGCACUUCCUUGUAUGAAGUGUGUGAAUGAAUGUUUCCAUUGCAACUAAACUCCAUUACAAUGUGUUAUUAACUCUGGCAGUAUUAAAUACAAAGAUACGGAGAAGCUUUCAAAGGGCAAGCUGUUUGCAUCUCUUCCUCUGUAAACACAGUAUUGAAGUUGUGACUUUACUGACAUAUAUCUCUUCUCCCCUUCUGUUCUCUUUCCCCCAAUUUCUAUUCAACCAGGCUUCUGCAUUAUUAUAACUCUGCAUAGACAAAGGCCUUAAC